AGAGCCCUCACGGGCACCGGGCUGGGCACGGAGCGGACACAGCCCUCACGGGCACGGCGCUGCCAGUGGGGUGGGGUGGAUAUCCCGGUAAAACGGCUCCCGAGCGCUCAGUCCCCCCGCAGUCGGCCGCCCGGUUCCCCGGGGACGGGGCGUGCCGGCCCCGCCGCCCACUCCCGAGCGUCUCCCCACGCUGGCGUGACCCCCGGCCCGCCUCCCGCCCCGCGGGGCCGCGGCCAAGCCCGGGCAGCGCCCGCGGUGACGCUGGAUGCCGCCGGUGCCGGGCGGGACACGCGCCCGGCCCGCAGGCAUUGGCAGGAACGAACGAAGUGCUCCGAGCUCGGCGGAGAGGCGGGACCGGCCAAAUAAAGGCAGGGCUCGGUGCUGACGGCAGUGAGCCAGCAGCGCUCGCCGUUCGCCCGGCGCGGAUCGCGGUACCGGGGCCGGCGGCGGGCACCGAGCCUCCCUGCCCUACAGUACUCCCAAGUACCGAAUAACCGGCUGCAGGGAGGUGUAACCGAGCGCUGCCCUCGUGCUGCCCCUGCGGAGCGCACGGCCGGGUCGGAGGAACCGGCUCUGCCCGCUGUUCGGUAGCCGCCGUGCACCGGCCGCGGAACAGAACCCCGCGGGCACGGAGCCGGGCGCUGAGGCACGGCCAGCACCGGGCCGGGUCAGGGCACAGCGAGCACCGGAGCGGGACCGGGGCUCCCCGCGCCACCGGCACCGCACGUGGGCACCGGCGGGGCGUCGCGUCACUUCCGGGGCGGGGCGGCCCGCCGGAAGCGGGCGUUGCCCGGUGAGCGUUGCUUGGCAACGGCGGCGCGGCGCAGCCAUGGCGGACGAUGAGCUGCCCGUGGUCUCCUUCGGGAGCCUCAUGACCGAGGGGACGAGCCUGAGCCGGCGCGGCCAGCACGACAAGGCCCUGGGCUGCUUCAAUGACGCUCUGAAGCUGCGGGCAGGAGACAAGCACUGCCUCAUCACCCGCUCCAGGUGUUUCCUGAGGCUUGGAGACACAGAGAACUCCCUGAAGGACGCUGAAGCCUCGCUCCAAAUUGACAGUACGUUCUAUGAGGGGCUUUACCAGAAAGCAGCGGCCCUGUACGCCAUGGGGGACUUUGAGUUUGCACUGGUGUUUUACCACCGAGGCCGAAGGCUCCGCCCUGACCUGCACAAGUUCCAGCUGGGCAUCAACAAGGCUGAGGAGGCCAUUAUCAACUGCAUUGGGAGUAAGAAGUGUCCCUGGGCCCCCAUGAGCCUGGACAAGGCUUCUCAGGGCACAGCUGGUGGCAAAUCAGCUCUGCAGCUGCAGAGCAAAAAUAACAAGCAGAAACAGCAAAACAAACCAAAGGACCAAAAGGAUCAAAAACAGACGAAGAAGCAGAGUCCAAAAACAGAGCAAGAGCUUCUGGGACAGCUUUAUGCUGACAAGGCAUAUCUGGAGAAGUUGCUCAAGGAUGAAGACUUGAUGCAGAGCAGCACAAGGCAGGGGGUCAAAGUGAUGGACCUGGUUUUGGGCGGCAUCUCGUACCUGCAGCAGCGGCGGGACUUCUGGCAGCAGCAGCGGCCGAUGUACGCGCGGCUGCACGAGCGCCGGGCCCUGCGGCAGCGCCGCGCGCGCGACAGCAAGCAGAAACCAUCCGACAUCGCCAGGGCCAUCGCAAAGGACGUGGAGGACAUCCAGCUCAUGCUGGCCAGAGGUUCUGCUGAGGAAAGCUGCAGGAAAGCUGAGCGUCUGCUGAAAAAGAUACAAGCGUGGUCAGAGGAUGAAGUUCCCAACAAGAACGAACUGAUUGGGAACCUCCACAGCUGCAUUGGGGAUGCACAGCUGGCAAUGGGGCAGAUGGAGGCAGCUUUGCACAGCCAUAAAAUGGAUCUGGAUUGUGCCAGGCAGAACACUCUGACAGACGCCGUGUCCCGGGCCCUGGACAACAUCGGCCACGUGUACGCCCGAAGUGGCAAGUUCCAGCAGGCCAUCAACACCUGGGAGGAGAAGAUUCCACUGGCCCAAUCCAGCCUGGAGAAGGCCUGGCUGUUCCAUGAAAUUGGGCGGUGCUACCUCGAGCUGGAUAAAGCUGAAGUAGCCCAAGAUUAUGGCCAGAAGUCCCUGCAGUCAGCAGAAGAAGAGGGAGAUGUGGAGUGGCAGCUCCACGCCACCGUGCUGGUGGCACAGGCACAAGUGAAACUGAAAGAUUACCGGGCUGCAAUCCUGAAUUUUGAAAGGGCUCUGGAGAAGGCAAGGCUUGUGCCCAGUGAAUCUGCUCAAAAUGGCAUCAUUGCGGCCUUGGAUAGUGUGAGCAAAAGCUUCAUUGCAGAACUGAACAAAGGCCACGAAGAUGGGAUGAAUCCCUCACGUGAAGAUCGCCUUUUCAGCAGUGAAAGCAUAAAAACCACCACUGAGAACGUGGAAGAGGAGGAGAAAGGGAAUUGAGAUAAAAAGGCACAAGAGGAAGCCAGAAACCCCGCGUAAGCAGACGGAAACGUUAAAGGGGAGAAACGGACAAUGAAAUAAAGGACAGCAGUGGGGAAAAGUAGAGCCUAGGCGGGAAGUUUAAAUAAAUAUUGAGCAAACGUCGUA